AUGUCUAAGAUUUCCUUUCUACUCCUCGGUGCCUUCCUGCCUUGCCGGAAGGUGCCUGACCGCCGUAAGCGCCUUAGUACGUCCCAAUGCCUUUCACCCAGUGAGGCUGCGGGGGCGAGUGACUACCGACUGGCAUCUGCUGCCGAUGGUGAUGCUGAAUGGAUUAAGGGUGACUGUGGAGCUCCGAUGGACGCCGUCAGGCCCGACAUCCUCCACCAAACUCUCAUGCAAGUACUGGACUCUGAGGCCAACAAGUUUGGGUAUGUUGAUGACAUAGUUAUAGUCUUGGAUGGCCAUCCCUCUGUUGGGGGCCUCCGCAUCACCAGCGACUUUGUCGUUCCGCGCACCUACCGCAGCUUCAGCCGGUGUUUAGCAGCCGCUAUCAUGAUGCCAUACCGAAUCGGAGGUAUAUCUCGAGUCGAUAACGGUAUAGAGGAUCUCAGAAUGCCUGGGGACUUCGUAAUCGGCCUCACUGUGGGCGGCCGCUACUUGAACAGCACGGACCUAUCCGGUACGUUGAAAGGCCUCAUGUCGAGCCCCUACAACCAUGGAAGGAUAGUCAUCGCGAUGGGUGUGACCUCCCAUACGGACCCAGUGGCUAAUGGUGCCCUCUCCCAUGUGAUGGGGGGUAUGGAGUUCAUCUCAGUGUCACGGUUGGGCCUAACAGCCUCUUGGGCUGCCGGUAAAGUGUCUGCAACCAAGGCCAUGCAGGUGGCGCCGCAUCGGUACGAACUACGUGGGGAAAUUGACUCUGCGGAUUUGGGCAAGUUCAUAUCACCGCUUCUGGCGUCCCCGGGGGACCAGGUGGUCCUGAUGGCGUCACGAGCUCGCCAUAUAGCAGCGGUUCUGGAAGCUUCGCUCCGCUGUAAAAAAGUGGAAAUGAUGUUCACCGGACCACCUGAAGAAACGGAGAGAGAUGAGUCGAGGAGGCCCGAGACGGUGUGGGCGUCACUGCGAGUACGUACUGGCGACAAGCCGGAAGUGGACCCAACGCGUGUCACUAAAUUGAGAGUCUCGGCUGAGACGGUAUCGCCAAGCCUUGGGGAGAAGAUAAUACACCAGUUGGAGGGUGGCGAUGUUGUACGGCUUGAAGCCAUGGGCCCGGUGGCACUCGCUAGACUGGUCAAUGGGAUAGCGGUGGCAGCGAGGAGAGGAGCUGAAAUUAAUAGUGGCAGUCUCGUUUCUCGGGCCAGAGGGAUGCGGCAGAAAACUCAAGGUGGACAGUUCUGGGCGAUCGAAGUAGAGGUUACCCUCGACAAGCAACACCACAAAGAGGAGGAGGCUCCCAGUAGUGAGUCAACGGUCCGGGAGGUAUCCAAGACUGAGGACGGCGGCCUGUUGGAGUCCAACUGA